UGAACAAACAUAAACAAACAAAAGUCAAAGAGUUCGUGCGUGAUUAUUAUGCCGAUUGUUUAAUUGAUUUUAUUUUUAAUAAACAAUUUAUUAUCAUAAUGUCUGAUUCUUCUGAAGAUGAAGAUCUUUCACGUUUUAGGGAAGUAGUGGACACAUCGUUUACUAAGUUAAUAAACGAAUCACGCGGACUUCCUACAAAAGACGUUCAUGAUAAUAACAAAGAGAAACCUAAAUCUGAAAGAUAUUUGGAAGUUGCAUCCCAUUAUAAUGACGUUAAAGUUCCCGAAGAAAUGCAGAAACGAAUUGGUGCCAAAGUAUCUGCUAUUAUACAAAAGAAAAUAGAAUUUGUAGACAUUGAGAAUGAAACAAAAAAAAGGAAGAUUAAAGGUGGCGUGAAACUCUUUAGCAGUUCUGAAGGGUUUUUAUCAUGCGAAGAGAUAAAAGACACCUAUACUGAUACUCAUAAUGCAGAAUCCAAAAAACUCAAGAAUAAAAGACGACAAAUUGAUCCUGAAGAGAAUGUUAACGAAAAUGAUAAAAUUCAAGCUGUUCUACUCGAUGGAGACUUCAUCUUGUCUAAGGAAGAAACAAAACUAUGGAAGUCAAGGAGAAAAGAGAAACUCUUCAAAUAUAAAGGCAACAAGAAAAGUAAGGUUUUAACUGAAGUGGUAUAGAGUCUAAAACUGGAAAUAUUUUGUAAAUAUACUAUAUGUUACAUCCAAUACAGAACAAAGACUUUUAUUUUUUAAAGGGAAAAUCCUGAAGCCAUAAAACUACUACCAUAAGGGAUUAUGGUAACAAAACUAGUAGGAUUUUCGAUUAAAAAUUUUCUAUGAAAAGGAUUUCCUUAAUAAAACAAUAAAUUUCUCAUAAAACAUUAAACAUUUAUUUACAAUAAUCACAUUAAACUAUGAAAUAAAUAUGUACAAAAGAUCAUUAUCACAUAACAACUGCAUUUCAUUUUUAGAUUUUUAUCAUUUUGUCGUAAUUAUAACAAUUACAAUGAGAAUUUGACUACAUUGUAUUUACUCAAGUGAUCAAUUUGUAUUAACAGCAAUAAUUGUAGAUUUGUAUUAUAUUGAUUUGUACAUUUUUCAUUUGUAUUGUAAUAAAUUUAUUGCAAAUAAACUCAAAAUAAGGCAUAAAAACAACAUUUGCGUUGAAAAUAAUUAUAGUUUACCAUAGUCUGUUUAAAAAUUAACUUAAUUUUAUGUAUAACUUCGUUGUUGAUGAAUUUCUUUGUAAUAAAAUGUAGUUGAGAUUCGGAUUACUAUUACUUAUCACAUGUAUUAAAGAUAAUUACUAUGU